AUGAUAAAAUCAACAAACAAUGAAAAUGAAUUAGGAAUUACAUGUCAAGAGAUAGCAGAAACAGAAAAUCCAGGAACAAUUUAUAAAAAAUGGGAAGAGGAUAACCAAUUAGAUAAAUUUAAAUUAAUCUUCAAAAAGAAAAAGGAUUCAGUAAAAUGGGGUGAAGAAUCAUUACCAACAACAACACAUGGUGUUUCAGCAUCAACUCAAACUAAUACUACUAGUAAACCACCAUCUAGAUUGCCACCAACACCUCAAAAAACAAGUGUUUCAGUUGGUGAUUCAGGUCCACCAUCACAUCCACCACCAACUCCAGAUGAAGAUAGAGCACCACAAAGAUCAUUCGGUAUUAAUCCAUUAAUGAAUGAAAUUGCUUUAAAAAGAAAUAAUCCUGAUAAUAAACCAAUUUUAAAAUCAACACCAAAAAAAGAACAAUCACAAACAGUUAUAAUUGAUUGGAUUAAUAAGAAAUUAGUUGAAUUUGGAAAGAAUGAAAAGAUUGAAAAUUUAGAAUCAGAUUUAAAAAAUGGUUGUGUUUUGGCAUUAUUAUUGGAAGGUUUAAGUGGUUUAUCAAUUAAAGAUUUCAAUAGAACACCAACAACAAAAAUUCAUAUAAUUGAAAAUAAUAAUAUCAUUUUACGUUUCUUAAAAGUUUUAGGUGUUAAUUUAGUAAAUAUCACUGGUGAAGAUAUGUGGGAGACUAGACCUGAAACAAUGAUGAGAAUUUUGGGCAUAAUCAUUAAACAUUUCCAUGAUACAAGUCCAGAACAAACUAAACAAAGAAUUUCAAUGAUGAUGACUAAUAAUAAUAAUAAUAAUAAUAAUAAUAAUAAUAAUAAUAAUAGUAAUAAUAGUCAAAAUACUGCAAAUAAAAAAUUACCACCACAAAGAAAGAUAGCUGCUAAACCAUCACCAAAUGUAAAUAAUAAUAAUAAAAAUAGUAAUGGAGAUGUGGUACCAGAACCACCACAACCAACAAUUGCAAAAUUAAAACCAGUAAAUUCUGCCAAUGCCACUGGUAAACCAGCACCAAUGAUGGCAAAAAGAAAACCUCCACCAAAGGUUGCAAAUGGUUCAGUUGCUGCACCACCACCAUUAUCAUCUAGUAGUGAUAAUACAGUUUUACCAUCACCACCAAAAUCACCACUACAACCUUCAUUACCACAUAAUGCAUUAUCAAGUAGUGGUAAUAGUUUACCACCACCACCUCAAUCACCACCCCCAACAGCAUUAAAGAAAUCACCAGCUCCAAGUCAAUUUGUACCAAAAGCACCACCAAAAGCAGGCGAUCCUAAACCAAUUCCACCACCAAAAUCAACUACCACUACUAAACUUUCACCAUCUAAUAAACCAACUUUACCACCAGGUAGACCAUCAGUACCACCACCAACUACAACAUCAACAGCACCACCAACUACAUUAGCACCACCUCCACCUGUUGCAAAAAGACCAAUUGCAAAAUCACCAAAUCAACCACCACCAACAACAACAACAACAACAACGGAUGGUUCAUUAUCACCACCUUCUACUAUAUUAUCAAGAACUAGUAGUGAACCACCACCAGUUUCACCACAAUUAUUACAACAAAUGAAUCCACCACCAGUUGAAACUUUGAAAAAACCACCAACACCACCAAGAUCAUUCAUUAAACAACCACCAACAACGACAGCUUCUGAAACUACAUUAUCACCAUCUGGUUCAGUUCUUCCACCACCACCAACACUUACUUCAUCACAAGAUGCACCACCACCAAUUGAUAUUUCAGUUCUUCCACCACCACCAUCACCAACUGAUUCACCACAAAUUAAGAGACCAGUUUCAUUACAAUAUAAUAAUCCACCAAAAAAAACUCCACCUCCACCACCACCAGCAAGAACAAAGCCACCAGUUCCAGAAAAACCUGUUAAUUUACCCGUUGUUGAAGAACAACCUCAACAACAAGAAGAGGAGUAUUAUGAAGAAGAUCAACAACACUAUGAACAAUAUGAUGAUGAACAAGAACAACCUCGAGAGCCAAUUCAAGAGGAACAACAACAACAACAAGAACAAGAACAAGAACAACAACAAGAACAAGAACAAGAGCAACACCACCAAGAAGAAUAUUAUGAAGAAGAACAUGCAAUUGAGGAAGAACAUCAACAUCAAGAACAAACAAUUGAAAAUGAAAAUAAAUCAAAUGAUGUAAUUGUUAAUGAUGAUAAUGAAGAAUCAUUUACUUUUGAAGAAUUGGAAUCAAUAAUGAAUUCAAAUAACUUUAAUUUCGAUGAUCUUCUUAAAGAGGCUAAUCAAUCUAUCUCUAAUCAAAAUUCAAAUGCAAUCAAUUAUGAUAUGGCAAUAAAUUCAUUGGAUACAAUUGGCACCACUAGUUCAACAACUACUUCAACUACUGUGGUUGAUGAUGAUUCUUUAGAUGAUUUAUUGGAUCGUCUCGCAAGAGUCAAUUAUGAUUCUAUUGGUUUACAAGUUAAUGUAUCAAUAAAUGGAUUUAGUUUACCAACUCUUACAUUAAUGGACAAUACAACUAUUAUAGGUAUCGAUAAUUCAAAUUCAAAAGAGUUUCCAACUCGUACAUACACAUUCCCUAUUCCAAAAGGUUGUGGUAGAAAUCAAGUUUCGAUGUCAAUUGAAAAUCAAACAACACGUACUGAAGAAAUAAUAUUUGAAAAUAACUACUUUUUAUUCCCUUUAAAACAUGAAUAUGGAUCAACCCCAAUAAAUAAGUAUCCAGUUUUUAAUUCCACAAGUGGUCAAUUUAUAAUUAAUGGUGAAAAUUUCAUUCCAAACACAUCUGAUAAUUCAAGUGUUUAUUGUUUUUCAAAUGAACAACUAUAUAAUUGUUCAUUUUUAAAUUAUGAUUCAAUUUCAUGUGAUAUUGAAUUUGAGGGGGAGGAGACAGGUGGUAAUUCACAAGUAAAAUGGAUGGAGCAAACAUAA